UGCUACAGUCCAUUUUUAAAAGGCCUGGGCGCUGGCCCUUUAAAUCUUCCUACUUGCUCACAAAGUUCACCGCUGAUCGUGUGCCGUGUUUUCUGGAGUGUGUGCAUGUGAGAGGCAUGUUGGGCUCCGCCUGCAGCUCUUCCCUCCCUAAAUGGGCCCCUCUGACGGGAUAUAGGGCCCCGUUCCUCUGCAUCGCCCUCCUUUUGUCCGUCUGCCAGCUGCAAGCCUUUUCUUUCGCUAGCGAGCGCUAAAAACAAGGUCUAAAGUUCAGCGUCUCUGAUGUGCAGAUCUGGGUCAAGUCGAACAUUUGGAAAGCGUUUGAUUUUUUUCCCCCGGAGCCGAGUUGCAGUCUUUUUCUUCCCUUCAUGGCCUGGGAUCGUGAUGGACCUGAUGGCCGUGAGCACGUCUGCGACGGGUCAGGAGGAGUUUGACCGCAACGCGCCGCGGAUCUGUGGAGUGUGUGGAGACAAGGCCACCGGCUUCCACUUCAGCGCCAUGACCUGCGAGGGAUGCAAGGGCUUCUUCAGGCGCAGUAUGAAGCGCAAGGCUAGCUUCACCUGCCCCUUCAGCGGGAACUGCACCAUCACCAAAGACAACCGGCGUCACUGCCAGGCCUGCCGUCUGAAGCGCUGCGUCGACAUCGGCAUGAUGAAGGAAUUUAUUCUGACGGAUGAGGAGGUGCAGAGGAAGAAGGAUCUUAUCCUGAAGAGGAAGGAGGAGGAGGCGGCGAGGGAGGCGAGGAAACCUCGUCUGAGCGAGGAACAGAUGCAGAUCAUCAACACACUGGUCGAAGCGCAUCACAAGACCUAUGACGACUCCUACUCCGAUUUCGUCCGAUUCAGGCCUCCGGUUCGUGAGGGUCCGGUCACCCGCAGCGCCAGUCGUGCUGCGUCUCUUCACUCUCUGUCUGACGCUUCAUCAGAUUCAUUCAACCAUUCACCAGAGUCUGUGGACACGAAGCUGAACUUCAGUAAUCUGCUGAUGAUGUAUCAGGACAGCGGUGGCAGUCCAGACUCCAGCGAGGAGGACAACUCACGCCUGUCCAUGUUACCGCACCUCGCAGACCUCGUCAGCUACAGCAUCCAGAAGGUCAUCGGAUUCGCCAAGAUGAUCCCUGGAUUCAGGGACCUGACGGCUGAAGAUCAGAUCGCUCUGCUCAAGUCCAGCGCUAUCGAGAUCAUCAUGCUGCGCUCCAAUCAGUCGUUCAAUCUGGAGGAUAUGAGCUGGAGCUGCGGAGGACCAGACUUCAAAUACUGCGUCAAUGAUGUCACCAAGGCGGGGCACACUCUGGAGCUGCUGGAGCCGCUGGUGAAGUUUCAGGUGGGUCUGAAGAAGCUGAACAUGACUGAAGAGGAGCAUGUGCUGCUGAUGGCCAUCUGCCUGCUGUCUCCAGAUCGUCCGGGCGUUCAGGACCACGCUCGCAUCGAGGCGCUGCAGGACCGUCUGUGUGACGUCCUGCAGGCGUACAUCCGCAUCCAUCACCCCGCCGGCCGUCUGCUGUACGCCAAGAUGAUCCAGAAGCUGGCGGACCUGCGCAGCCUGAACGAGGAGCACUCCAAGCAGUACCGCUCGCUCUCCUUCCAGCCGGAGCACAGCAUGCAGCUGACGCCGCUAGUGCUGGAGGUGUUCGGCAGCGAGGUGUCCUAGCAUCCCAGAGCCCCCCCGACACCGCUAGAGCGUCACCGCUCACCCGACGGGGGGCCGAAGGCAUGCACGAGCGAGCGGGUGGAUGCACAGGUCGGGAUUCCCGCUUUUAAGCUACGGGGAAUUCCGAAAGGAAUGUAUUAACGUUGUAUAAUAAUUAGAACGAUGCGUAUAAACUAAUAUUUAUAUUUAAGAGAGAGAGAGAGAUGUAUGGCCAGGUGUUCCUCUGGUGUAAUAGGAUAAGCAGGCUCUUCUAGUGUGUGUGUGUGUGUGUGUGUGUGUGUGUGUGACGAAAUUAAAUGCAAUUCGAAUUCACAAAUGGCUCUGUUCUGAAACCUAGUGAGUGCCCUACAUAGGCGGCAUUCCGAGACAUGUGUGCAUUUAUAUCACAUUGCAACGAAAAAAAAUUAAAUGCAUCCCAGGGAUGUAGGAAUAAAUUGAAUGUAUACAUCAGUUGCAUUGUUGCGUUUCACAAACAGUAAAAUUAUGUAAUUUUGUUACCGGCUUUGCUAUGCAUCAUGCUGCUAUCCCAGACUUCAAGCAGUUUCGGCCCAGAUCCGGCUCACAUCUGGCUCGCAUGAAAUACAUUCGGGCCGGAUCUGGGCCGAAAGAUCUUGCUGUCUGAGAAUUUACUUAUCAGAUUAUGGUUUAUAAAUUAUAGUAUAAUAUAAUCAUCUUUUUUUGUUAUGAAUCAGGCAUUAUAAAUAAGUAAUUUAAUUAAAAUAAUGGUGAUUACAAAUAGUUUUUAUUUGUUUCAUUGUUAGAUUGGUAACAUUCUAGCUAUAUUCUGUGUUGCGUUUAUAGUACGUUCAAUAUCUGUUACUUUAGAGAAUCUUUGGCGUCCGCUAGGUUUUGGGUCAGUGGAUUGAUUUUGGCCCUGAUAUAUUGAUCUUGUCAGUAGUGUGUGUGCUUGUAUGUCAAGGGCGGAUGGAUGCAUUAUAGACACACUACACACACACACACACACACACUCUCUCUCUAAACUGAGAGAAGGAGGCCUGGCUGUAGAUCUGAUGUCUGUAUAGAUAGGAUCUUAGUUGACCACAAGAGAGCCGAAACGCAGGAAGUGUCCCCCAGAGAUCAGCCCAAAUGCUGCUCUGCAUUAUCUAUCAUUGAUAAACAAGGCUAUCCGGCUGCUUCGACCUCAUAUUAUUCAGUGGAUAUAGUUCAAAACGAGGCCUUAAUCAUCCUUCUACCAGAGAUACCUUCUAACCCGUUUCUCUCUAAAAAUACUGGAUUUUGAGUCAUUUUCCGUCAUGUUUUCAUCGAAACAAUUUAUGUAUAUAUCUACCAAUGGUUCGUAUAAACAUGCUUAUGGGAUAGGACUGGUCUAUGUAAAUAUAUGCACAAAUGCACCAAUUUGCAUACACUUUCAACAGUUUGUUUUUUAUUUACUGGACAAUUUAUAUCAGCGAUUUCCCCCAUUCCAGCGGUUUCCGCGCUGCUCUCUUGUGGUCAUCCGCUGUAAAUACCACUCGUGUUGUUUCUGUGCAUAUGUCUAACGAAACGAAUAGGCUAAUACAGUUAAUCCGCUAAAAACAGAAGAAGAAGCUUGGAAGAAAUAUGCAAAUCUGAUAUUUUCAUAUGUUUUGGUGUCUCGGAUGACAUAAUUAGCUUGUAAGACCGUAUCUAUCCCUGAUGCUUUUUAGAUGCAAAUUCCACAUUGAAUUUUAUUGCUUGUAUAUGAUUACCAUGGCUUAGUUUUGUACGGAUUGUAUUUUUAUUUCUGCAAAUCGAUGAGACAUCUCAAACAGACUGAGCUGCAUUAGCUGUCCACGCGUUCGCAAACUCGACUCAAAACUGCUGCUUUAGUUUGUUUUUUUUAGCUACAAACGCUGCCUCAAACCAGCCAAUCUGACACACACGUAACAGACCGUGUAGAGGACUCAAGGAAGCUUUAACAUAACUGCGGGUGAAUCCAGGGCUCGUCCAGACCUUGGCUGCUAAUGAAGAACAGCGACGGGCAUCCCGUUUAUCUCAGCUGGAAGGUUCCUCGAGAGUAGGAACACCUGGAUGAACGCCGUCCUCCAAUGGAGAAACCGUCUUGUGGACGAUGGACUGGAUUGCAGAUACCAGUUACGAUAAGCUUCGGUUGUAUUAUACUAGUUUUAAGAGUUUUCGUAACUGCCAAUGCUCCUUUCAACCCUCAAAAUCCAGAUUAAACACGACUGGAUCGCUUGCAUCCAAUCAACAAGGGAAAUAAACCAACAACCUCUGUCUUUGGAUUAACAUGAAGCUUUGCCCUCACCACUUCAACCCAUUUAAAAGAAAAGGGAGCUCCAACCACGAGAGUCCCGCCGGUUUUGGGUUCGCGUCAUCGGGUGGACAUCAUAAAUGGAAAAACGAGGGGUUUCUGCCAUUUCGGUUUCCAUUGAUCAGUAUUUUCGCGAGGGGGGAAGUUGUCGUAGAUGCAUAGGCGAACAUACGGACUGUCUAUGCACUUUUGGAUCAGUUCAUGUUGAUCUUUGCAUCCACCCGAGAUCCUAAAGCGGUUGUAUUCUUCUCCGAUUGGACGUUCUUGGCUGAAGUGAAGGCAAGAAACCAACUUGCGAAGCUCUCGGUUGGUCUUGCGUCGCACAGCUAGACUUUAGAAACCAAUCGCUCGUGCUACACUCUCCUUCGGAGAAAUGUUUGACUAUUAAAAGCCGUGCGGGGUUUCUUGAGUCUAGCUGAAGGACAUUUACAAGCAUGUACUUACGAUGAAGCGGGUGAACGAAUCGAUAAUGACUCUGAAUGCUGAUUAAGGACAACACAAACCAACAGGUGCCGUUGUUAACCAAAAUGAACUACCUCUCUCAUUCAAUCACACCAUUUUAAUGUUUUUUUGUUCUCUAUUUAUUCCUCUCUGACUCAAAUGCUGGACUGUAUACCUCAAGACGUCUCCAUAAGCCUGCAGCUUAAACGGUGCUUUACUGCCUGACCGAUGGCCGAAAGCCCAUUUCUUGAUGUGUUUUACGUUAUCUUUGAUAUGCUAACAACAUGGCGGUUGUGUGCACGGAAACUUAGCGCAACUCUCCAAGAUGUACUUUGAGCGUUACGUUUGGAUCCUCCAAUUGAAACGCUCACAUUUUGGAGAUGUUCCCGCUAGUAUCCGUCAGUAUUCACUCUUUCUCAUACAGAAUGUCAAAGCAUUGACAACCAAGCUAGCUAAUCCCAAAGUGUCCUCAAUAAGCUAGCUUGCUUUACAGCGUUUAGCAUCGGAAAACUGUGUAUUACAUUGCAGAUGUUUGCUUUGCAUGUGUAUUGAAGUUCUCAUCUGUGAUCAUGCUAAUGGCUUAAUGGUUCACAACUCUUCCUCUAGCCGCUCUCUUUGGUCUUUCCUAUUUCUUCAUCUCUUUGUCCCAGUAUGACCAGAUUCUUUACCCAUCAAUCAAUGGUGGAAGCAUAUGUGACCCUGUCUGUGAAAUCUAGAAUAAAGUCUCAAAAUCGAAGUAUGAGAAAACAAGCAUCAAAGUUUGAUUUCAACCAUUAAUCUCAAUGUGAUUUCCAUCUUUGACUAGCCUUACUCAGUCAAUAUUAAACAUAUAAACGUUAUAAUCUCACAAAAUGUGCUAUAUCUUUAUAACAGAUGAUUUUAUGUAGAAACAGUAAAUCACUUAAAAAAUUACUUUAGCUGGGUUUUCACAGGCAUGGUCACAUAUUUAACUUAUCUCACAUUAUGUUUGUUAUUAUUAUUAUUAUUAUUAUUAUUGACAAUGACAACAACAAUAAUAAUAGUAACAGUAAUAAUAAUAAUAAUAGUAAUAAAUAGUUGAAUAAUAGUGAUCACUAUUAAUAAUAAAUUACUAUUAUUAUUGUUAUUAUUAUUAUUAAAAAUGAUUUUGUUAUUGUAAAUAAUAGUAAUUAUAAUAAUAGUAAAACAUUAAUUAUUUAAUAAUGCUGCUUUUUUAUUAUUAUAUUUAAAAUAAAAAAUAAUAAUUAAUGCAGGUAUUAUUAUUAUUAUAUUUAAAAUUUUAAAAAUAUAAUAAUAAUUAAUGCUGGUAAUAUUAUUAUUAUUAUUAUAUUUAAAAUGUAAAAAUAUAUUAUAAUAAUUAACACUGGUAUUAUUAUAUUUAAAAUGUAAAAAUAUAUAAUAAUUAAUACUGGUAUAAUUAUGAUUGCUAUUAAUAAUAAUAAUGAUAUUUUAUUAUUAUUCAUAAUAUUAUAUUAUUAUUUAUAAUAAUAUUCAUAAUAGUAUUUAUAAUAAUAAUAAAUUCCAUUGUCUGGAUGUCUUCGAACACAUAAUUGUAAACACCUGCCAAACAUUGCUCACCAUUUCGAUUUAAACAAGGCUGGUUUUAUCUGGUUUCAUUAAUGCUUUGUAUUAUCCGUUUCUUCCUUAUCAUCAGCUCAUAUAAACAACUGUGAUCCACUGUUCUUCUGCCAUUUCUCCACCCAUUUUCCGAACUACACACUCACAAACACAAACGUGUAGAUUCAUCACCAGCAUUUACUUUACAGACAGAAACACUUAGCACUAUCAUCAGCGUAGAAGUCAUAUAAUGUCACGUUUUUGUUGUUUUUAGCGUGACGGAGAGACUGACGGAUUACUGCUCAAUGUUUUGGACACUAUUCUCCAUGCUAGCUCAUUCACACCUCUGUGUGCCUACACCCCAAAGCCUUAUUUUGGAAGCGUGUCAGGGUUUGGACGUUAGUUUGAAGUUCUGCCCAGUUUGUGAAGUUCAUUCUCGAGAUCGAGGCUCACAGUCGGACUGAACACCGGUUGAAUCGGUACGAGUCGGUUCAGAAAUCAUAUAGGAAUCUCAGGCCAGAAACACUUUAUCUAGAAAUGGUAUAAAUGUAGGGUGGGACUUGAAUCAAUUGGAUUGUUGACAUUUGUAUGGUGACAAGGAUGUGUUAAAUUGUUGAGAAGUGAUAUCAAAGAUUUAUACUGUAAAAAAAUAUUUUUAUUUUGAAGAAAUGCUGUUCUUUUUAAAUUUUUAUUCAUCAAAUAAUCCUGAAAAAAGUAUCACAGUUUCCAAAAACAAAACAAUGUUUGUCAGCAUAAUUCUAAUAACAAAAAAGCAUAUUAAAAUGAUUUCUGGAGAUCAUGUGACACUUUAUACUGGAGUAAUGAUGGUGAAAAUUCAGCUUUGCAUCACCAAAAUAAAUUAUAUUUUAGAAGAUAUUAAAAUAGAACUCAUUAUUUUAUAUUGUAAUAACAUUUUGCGAUAUUACUGUAUUUUUUUUUUUCAGUUAAAAAAAAAUGCCGCAGAAGAGACUUCUUUAAAUUUAAACAUUUAACAUUACAGACUUUCGAACAGCAGUGUAAAUCAUUUAUAAUAAACAAUGCAGUGUUCCUUAAAACAAUAAUGACUUUAAUUAAAACCUCAGGACUCAAAUGCCUCAUUCGUGUGUGUUUAGAUAUAUCUCAACUAACUUUUAACUCGACCAUUCAAGAUUUAGAAAUGCAUUGAGUUUGCGUAGCUAGAGGCUUUCAGAUAGUGUUUGAUUGAAUCUGUUCAGUCGGACUGUGAUUCUCAGCUCUCCGAAUGAACCAAACCAAAACCACGGGAAACUCAGGCUGGUUUCAUAGUGAUCCAAACACUUUCGUCUCAGACAGACGGUCCGAGAGAACGCUCCUGGAAACAGGUGCCUUAUUUUCAGAAAUUCAAACUUCAAAUCACGAUUACACUUGGACGUUUUGUUUUAGUGCAAGGUAAAUGAUGGCAUUUUCUAGAAUGGAUUGUGUUUUAAGAUUGAAGACACAUUUGUCCUGAGAUUAGUUUUUUUCAUCAGGAUUUAAUUUGAGAAUAGCUUGGUUGCAGGUGUCUCCAAUAAAUGAAUUUUUCAUACACUUUGUAGUAUCUGUAAAAUGUUAGUUAUUUUACCAAAAUGCGAAGGAUCAUACAAAAUGCAUGUUAUUUUUUUUAUUUAGUACUGAGUUGAAUAAGAUUUUUCACAUAAAAGAUGUUUACACAUAGUCCACAAGAGAAAGUAAUAUUUGAAUUUAUAAAAAUGUCUCCGUUCAAAAGUUUUCACCCCCUUUGGUUCUUAACACUGUGUUGUUAGCUGAAUAAUCCACAGCUGUGUUUUUGUGUUUAGUGAGAGUUGUUCAUGAGUCCCUUGUUUGUCCUGAACAGUUAAACUGUCUGCUGUUUUUGUUUUUUCAGUAUUUUGUGUAUUUUAACCCUUUCCAGCAGUGACUGUAUGAUUUUGACAUCCAUUCAGGGACUCAGAAAGUUACUGAAGGUUCAAACACGAUGCAUUUUCUUUAAAGACAUGAAUGCUUUGAUUCAGCAAAGAUGUGUAAAAUACAUAAAAAGUGAUAAUAAAGACUUGUAUUGUUAUCUUAUUUAGAUCAGUAUAAAAAAAUACAUGCAUUUUGUAUGAUCCCUCAUAUUUUGGUAAAAUAAUUGACACUUUAUGUAAAAUUUUGUCCACAACUGUAUAUAUACAGUUCGAAGGAUAACUCUUGUAAUUUGGGAUUAGUUGGUUGGAAGAGCAGCACUUUUAUCAUGCUGUUUUAGACACGGUACCAGUCUGUUUGAGACGGAUUCACCACCACUGUCCUGGUUUUCUCUUCAAUAAGAUGAUUAAGAAAAUACUUUUUUUGUUGUUUGGGGCAGGGGGGACUAUUCCUGAAAUGGUGCAAUUCUCUGAGGACACUGGAACCCAGGUGGAAAUGCAUUAAAUUUGUCCAAAAUCUUGGACUUUUAUGCGAAAUCUUGGACGGUGGUGGAUCACGGUUUGGAUCUCGAGAACCCAUCGUGACUUUCUAAAUCACAGAAACACACCUCGCAUCACUUUUAUAUGAAUAGAGAAAUUCAAAAAGCUCAAAACACUAAUGUGUAAUUAGCAUUCUUUCAUUUUUAAACUGUCAUUUUUAAGCUUAGACCGUCUCAUUUGUGUGAUCUCACUUUUUUUGUCCUUGAAUGUCCAUUACACGGUUAUUUUGUGCAUUGUAUGUAGUAAAUGAGAUGUUUUGGAAAAUCACAAAUAAACAGCUGUAUAUAGUGACGAAUAA